AUGCUCGUCUCGACUUCGCACACCGGGCCCUACACCUACCACCCUCUGCCUGACCUGGGGUCUAUGCAGAGGCAGCCUGCCCAUGCUCCGUGUAAACUCAGCGUACCCUUGAACAAGGAAGUCAGCGCGCUCGAUGACGGUGUCCGGAGCGACUUGCGCGCCGCGUACGCGAGCACACUCAUGAAGUACAUCGACAGCAACGACUUCCUCUUCGGCGAGACAGAGGAAGACUACAUUGUUGACCCCGAAGCUGUGGUCAUCCGUCUCGCGCGCGCCGAACUGCAGGACGGCCGCUCCUGGCGCGAUUUCGCCACCUCCCUCGCGCGGGGCGCGGAGUGCUGCCUCGACGAUGUGCGCCUCGAGCUCAUGCUGGGGGAUCACCAGAACCCCCUGCCCGCUAUGGUUAUCUGGGAUGUACUGCAAUGCUCGGACCCUGAGGCGUACGCGCCCUCCAGCAUCGUCUUCGGCGCGCACACCGACGGCGGUCGCGUCUUCAUUGACCUCCUCGCCGAUCGCGCGCUCAUCUCGCCCUCCGCGCUCGAGAACUUCGUCGCGCAAAUCGUCGAGACCUACAAGGCCAUCUCCGCCUCGCCCGACGAGCCGUGCACGACGCCGGUCAAGAUGCCACAAGAGCUGCUAUCCAUCUCGCCCGCUACCAUCGACCCCGCGCAGGAGAAGGUCGUCGUGGAGUGGCUGUUCGAGAACGCAGCGGCGCGGCCUAACGCCAUUGCGCACGAGGUGUAUGCGUCACUCGAGCAGCCGCCGCAGUUCGUCACGUAUGGCGAGCUGAACGAGCAGACGAACGUGGUGGCGCGCUGGUUAGUGGCAAACGGUGUCGGUAUCGAGGACAAGGUUUGCUUGUGCAGUCAGCGCAAUGCGUUCUUCUACGUUGCAAUGGGUGCUAUACUCAAGGCGGGCGCUUGCUAUGUCUCGAUCGACGUCGAACUGCCCGUCGAACGCAAAAAAUACAUCGAGCAAGACAGCGAAGCUAAAAUCGUCUUCGUCACCUCUCGAGAUGACGCCGGCGUCUUCGCGCAUCCUGCCUUGCUAACGGAGGACCUCCUCCGGAAAGCGCGCGAGGAGCACGGGAACGAGAAUAUCUGCCUGGCAUCGCUCGACAAUCUGGCUUAUCUACUGUAUACUUCAGGUACCACUGGGACGCCCAAGGGCUGCCUGCUCGAACAUCGCGGUCUCUUCUGGGCUAUGGUCUCCUUCUGUGCGCUCCCCCGACCCGUUACGAACCCCGAUACCGACAAGCGGUUGUCGCUUGCUUCGACUGCCUUCGACGUUCACAUCUCCGAGAUCGUUCAGUCCUGGGGCCUCGGGACACGCCUCGUCAGCGCACCGCGCUUCGAGCUCCUCACCCAGCUCCGGAAGCAUGUCAUUGACAUUGGGAUCACGCACGUUGGGAUGGUGCCGAGCAUGAUUGAGGCGCUGCUCGAGACGGCGGACGGGUUGCCGCUGAAGUAUCUGGUGUCGGGUGGGGAGAAGAUUACGGAUAUGUUGCUGCAGAAGUGGUCGACGAGGGAGGAUCUCGUACUAGCGAAUUUCUAUGGCCCCACCGAAGCCACCAUCGGGUGCACCUCACGGCGCGUCGGGCCCAACGACCGUAAAGAAAAUAUCGGGAAGGCGUUCCCGUCUUGCGGCGCGUAUGUCCUGGACAAGAAGUUGCGAACUGUGCCGCUUGGUUGUCCGGGCGAGCUUGUCUUGUCGGGACCACUGAUUGCGAGAGGCGAGUUCGCCAUUCCACGCUACCACAACCUCCCCGAAGCCACAGCCAAGGCUUUCAUCCACCUCCCCGACGGCACGCGCGCCUAUCGCACGGGCGAUCUCGUGCGCAUGCUGCCCGACGGGACGCUCGAGAUCAUGGGCCGCAUCGACCACCAGGUCAAGUACAGGGGCGUGAGGAUUGAGACGGAGGGGAUUUCGUCGAUUUUGGCGGGGGCGGCGUCAAGCACGAACGACGUCGAGCUCAGCGUGCUCACAUUCAUCACCGGGCAUCCGCAGGUGGGGCCGGAGCUGCUGGUCAGCUUUGUUGCGCCGGCGGCGGCCAAGGAUGUGAGUGUCGAGGAGAGGCGGAAUGGAGUGCCUGGGGUGAGGAAGCCGGAGGCGGGGUGGGAGGGGAAGGGGAAGCAGGGAGGAGAGGGCGAUGCGGCGACCGCGACCACGACCACCACGAAGGACCUGAUGCGAACGCUCAAGCGCGCAGUCGAGGAGCAGUUGCCGUCGUACAUGCGGCCCGCGUACAUCAUCCCGGUCGAGUAUCUGCCGCUGACGCUCAAUGGGAAAACGGACAGGCGGAAGUUGGAGCAUAUAUUCCAAGGAAUGGGUCUGAACGAGUUGUUGCAAGCGCAGGGUGGGAGGAUCUUGCACGACAUGCGUCUUCGAGCAAGGCAACUAUGGCGCGAUCCAAGGAUGAUGAUGACCCGGAUGCACGUCGGUGUGGGCGUCCGACAGGGCGAUGCCUCACCAACCAUGGCAGCACCACCCGCACACGCGAUUAAUGCACUCCCGGUGACGCGAGUGCCCUGCUUCUACCCGAAUACACAGACUAUCGGCGGGGCGACCGAGGGGGUCGUCCAGCAACAAAUCGACAGCCCACCCGAGACUACGCUCGAGGCGCGCUACCAGGCCUGCGCAGCGACAGUGCGCGCGUUACUCGGCACCACUGGCGAGUUCGCAUUCCGCGUUGGCGACCAGCAAGUCGCUGUCAUCGAAGGCGUCGACGAGCCAGGCGCCCCGGAGACGCUCAAGAUCGUCGACGCAUCAUCCACUGAGGGUCUCGACGCGAUCGAAGUCAAGUUCAGCGAGGGGGAAAGAUCGCGGGACGGCGAGGUGAAGUUCCACAUUGUCGACGCCGGGAGGGAGGUCAAGAUCGUGUAUGCGCGCCAGUGCGUACCGGACGAUCUGGCGAACAGGCUGCUCGCAUUCUACGUGCGGCACAUCAUCAAGACACCCACCAGCAGCGACCAGGAAAUAUCCUUGUCCAUUCUGAACCAUCCACCCCAAAACUACCCGGCCGAUAGCAAGGCACCCGCUCUACUUCACGCACCAUUCCUCCUCUCCGCCACGGCGCGCCCCGAUCACGUCGCGGUCGACUACCUCGGACCCGAGGACGCAGAGCGUCAGCGCCAGUCGAUCACGUACGGCGAGCUCGAUGCACGGUCCGCCGCGCUAGCGAAGGUGCUCCGCAAUAUCGACGGCGCGCGCAACAGCGUCGUGCCGUUCCUCCUGCCCGCGUCGGUCGAAAUCUACGUCGCGUACCUGGGCAUCUUGCGCUCGGGCAAGGCGUUCAGCCCGCUGCCAACGCUCGACGGCGCGCCGGUGUCGCGCGUGCAGGAGCUGAUCGAAGAUCUGGACGCGAAGGUUUUGGUGGGGGCAGGGGUACGGCCGACAUGGCUCGAUCAGAAGGUUGAAUGGGUUGACGUUGCGGACGCGGAGAUGCUGUUGUCGCGCGCGUCAAGCAUAGAGGACGCGUACGACGAGCUCGCGCAAAGUCCAGACGAUCUGGCAUAUGUCCUGUUCACCUCCGGCUCGACCGGCAAACCCAAGGGCGUGCAAAUCGCGCACCGCUCGGCUUCCACAUCGAUCUACGGUCACCUUAGCGUCCGGCGCGUGUCGCCCAACGCAAGAUGGUUCCAGUUCGCGGCUGCUACGUUCGAUCCGUCCGUCAUGGAAAUCUUUUGCACCCUAUCUUGCGGCGCUACAUUGUUGAGCGCCUAUCGCCCGCGCUUCCUCACCGACCCAGACAAGGUUCUGGGUGAGCUCGGCGCGACGAACAUGAUGGCGACACCGAGCAUGGCCGCGGUGUUGAAGGCGGAGCGCAUUGUCGACAUCCGUGAGAAAAAUUACGGCCUCGUCGCCUCCGACCUCGAGUACGCGUUCGAGCUGUGGACGAUGGGGGAGAAGCUGAGCGACCGCGUGAUCGCCGAGUUCGAUCGCGCGCCCCGCUUCUCGGUGUGGAACGCUUAUGGCCCUACCGAGGCGUCGAUCAAUGUUACACUCAGGAAGCAUCCAAGGGGGGAGUCGGGGAGUAGGCUUGGGCCACCGAUGCCGACAGCGUCGAUGCUGGUGCUGCAUCCGACGGAGCCGCGCGCAAUUGAGCAUGGCUUCCCCGGCGAGUUGGCGCUGGGAGGGGUGCAGGUAGCGAGAGGCUACCUGAACAACCCGGAGCAAACUGCACGCGUCUUCGUAGAUGUCCCGGGCGUUGGUCGCGUGUAUCGUACGGGUGAUUGGGCGCGUACGGUCGUAGGACAGAAUGGGCAAUGGUCCGAGAUCGAGUACCUGGGGAGGAUGGGCGUCGAUCAGGUCAAGCUCUCAGGGCGGCGCGUUGAGCUUGGGGAGAUCGACUCUGUUCUGGGACAAGUAUCGGGCGUCCAGGCAGCCUACUCCGUCGUCGUGGAGGGUAGGCUACUGGCUUUCGUCGUCCCGGAAGACCCAUCGAUCGUCAACUCCGACGUCGACAAGACCCAGCUCGCGAACAAGCUCAGCGAGCACGCAGACAUCCACCUCCCGCUGCAUAUGCGUCCAUCGUCCUACCACUUUGCGACGGAGACACCGAGGUCCUCUUCUGGGAAAGCCGAUCGCCGUGCAAUUGCUCGCAUCGUCGCCGAACGCGAGUCCGCCAUGGAGAAGGUGCCGGAGGACAUGGCCGCAUACGACGCGACGAACGAGUCAGAGUCGAUGACAUUGGUCCGCAAGCUUGUUUCCGAAGCAGCGGACGUCCCACUAUCGGCCGUCACGCCUCGCUCGAACCUCUUACGUCUCGGCGUUGACUCGCUGAAGGCUGUUCGCCUCUUGUACCUACUUCGCCAGGCUGGCGCAAAGGACUUGGCGCGCCUGAACGUCACCGACAUCCUCUCGUGUUCCACGCCAGCGGACAUCCUCGCGGCCGCUGCGUCUAAGACAGCCGCGGACGACGCAACUUCCUCCACUCAGGCCUGCGAGCAAGCCGUCUCCGACUUCAGAAUCGCCGCACGCCGCACGCUUGGUCUUCCAGACGACUCCCCCGUCGAGAUCUGGCCCGCCACCCCGAUGCAGGCGGGUGUGCUGGCGCUGUACCUCCGCAGCGCGGACGCGAAUGGGUACAUCAACCAUUCUGUAUUCCAUCUCGCCCCGGGGGUGUCCGUCCCCUGUCUGAAGAAGGCAUGGUCGCGUGUUGUCAAGAAUAACAAGAUUUUGCGGGCGAAGUUUGUGCUGGUGGAUCAGUCGGAGGUGUCGCCGUUUGCGGUGGUCGUGAAGGACGAGGAGGCCGAGGUCAAGUGGAUUGAGGAUAGUGGGGAGGGCGCGCUGGAGCGCUACCUGGCUGAGUCGCCGAAGAGGAUCUCGCCGGAGGAGCCGUGGUCGGUCGCGAUACUCGAUGACGAGCAGAAGCCGACUUUUAUGCUCACUUUGCACCAUGCUUUGUUUGAUGGAGCUUCUCUCGCGCUUAUGCUCGAGGAGCUGGAGGCGUACUAUAACGAGGGCUCAGACCUUCCGCGGUCUGGUUUUGAGCAUUCGGUUCGCGAUGCUCUUUCCGUCGACGCGGCGAAGGCGACAGACUUUUGGAAAAGUGUACUUCAAGGCUUCUCUCCUGAUCCCUUCCCGGACCUCACUGGUCUGCGCGCCUAUGCGAAAGCGUCGUCGCCAGUCUUCACCGUCGACCUCUGUCCCACUCACCAUGCAUCUACCGUCACGUCGCGCCUGGCUUUCUCCCACUUGCAGUCCAAGUCGCGCGAGCUCGAGACGACGCCACUUGCCGUCGCUCAGGCAGCCUGGGCGCAGCUCCUGCUCAGCUACUCCGAGUCCGACGAGCCCGACAUCGUCUUCGGCUCCCUCGUCGGAGGACGAACGACUGACGCGCUCGAAGUCGCCGUAGGCCCGGUCUUCACCGCGGUGCCCAUCAGGGUGCACGUCAGCAAGUCUGGCUCGGGCGUCUGCGCGACCGCGAGCACGAAGGAGGUUCUGGCGCAGCUGCGCGACAUGAACAUCAAGAGCAUGCGCCACCGGUACCCGCCCGUGAGCGUGCUGAGCGGGGCGAAUGGGAUCAUCUACGACACAACGGUUGCGCUGCAGAACUUCAGUCAGGGCAAGUCGCAGACGACGCUGUGGACGAGGGCGGAGUAUCCGCCUAUGGUGACUGAGUUCGCUGCUGUUUUGGAGAUUUGGCCGGAAGAGGAUGAUUCGAUCCGCCUGCGCCUCACGGGCUCGAACAAUGUCUUGACCCCGGAAGCGUCGCGGACCUUGUUGCAACAGUUCGACGAUAUCGUCGCCGCCAUUCUCUCGCGCCCUGCCAAUGCGACUCUCGCCACCACCUUGUCCGCCAUGCGUCCGGAGCUCCAGGCCGCCGUGAACACCAUUCCAACGCCCGUAGAAACGCCCUCCCCCAACACGCUCAUUCACCACCAAUUUGAGACUAACGCGCGCGAGCACCCGGACAGCGUCGCCGUCUGGUUUAAGACCGACCUCGCGCGGCCCGACUGGGACAUCCGCUUCACCUACGGCGACCUCGACGCUCGGGCGAACCAGCUGGCGAAUUUGCUGCUCUCGACCUAUGGUGACCUCACCGACCAGGCCGUCCCGCUGUGCAUGGAGAAGAGCCCCGAGUUGUACAUCGCGAUUCUGGGCGUCUUGAAGGCUGGCGGCGCAUGGUGUCCGGUGGAUGCGCAAGCGCCGGAGAUUCGCAAGCGAGAUCUGUUUGGCAGAGCGGGUGGUCCGGUGGUGCUGGUGCGGAACGCGGCGGGGUACGAGGAGCAUAAGGCGGCGUUGCCGGAGGGGCUGGAUAUGUUGUCGCUCGACGACGUCAAGAUCGACGGGCAGUCGAGGGAGAAGCCAAGCGUGAGGACGACGAUUGAGGACCUUGCGUACUUGAUCUGGACGAGUGGGACGACGGGUGCGCCGAAGGGCGUCCCAAUCCAGCAUAAGGCGGCGGUGCAGAGCUUGACAGUUUUGCAGGAGGUCAUUCCCUUCGGGCCUGACCCAGUGCUUUGCUUGAACUUCUCGGCCUAUACCUUCGACGUCUCGGUCCUCGACGUCUUCUACGCGCUGGGCAAGUCGUGCGGCACGUUGUGCUCGGCGUACAAGGACAUCCUCGUCGGCCAGUUCGCCGAGGUCGUCAAUGCGUUCGAGGCGACGCAUGCCUUCCUCACCCCAGCGUUCAUGGCGCAGUCCUCGCUCGCGGAGUGCAAGACUCUGCAGAGCCUCAUCAGCAUCGGCGAGAAGCUCCCAGACACGGUGGCGGAUAAGUGGUGUCGGCCGGAGACGGUCUCGCUCAACACGUACGGCCCCGCCGAGGCAACGAUAAUCGCGACGUACCGCCGCUGGCAGCCGCAGGAGGCGACGAAGGCGCACAAUGUUGGCUUCCCUAUUCAGACCGUGAGCUGCUAUGCGGUGAAGGAGGAUCUGGUGUUGCCGCGUGGGGCGGUUGGCGAGCUUGCACUCGGUGGAUACCAGAAUGCUCGUGGCUAUCAUCGCCAGCCCGACAUGACGGCGAAGAAGUUCAUCGAGCAUCCCAUCGCCGGCAAGGUAUACCUUACUGGCGAUAUCGUUCGGUUCUUACACGACGGUUCGAUCGAGUUCGUGGGCCGGCACGAUGACCUUGUCAAGCUAGGAGGCAUCCGAGUAGAGCUGUCAGAGAUCAGCACGGCUCUCGAGGGUUGUCAUCCGCGCGCGGCGGAGGUUGCGACGCUGCAGCUCAGCCGGCCGGAUCGGCCGCAGAAGACGGUCUGCUCCUUCAUCGCUGCGUCGUCACUGGAGUCUCCCGACGUCGUGUGCACUGGCCACGAUGCCCUUGAAGUCGCAGGCGCUGCUAUGAGGCGCGCUGACGAGAUGCUUCCCGGAUUCAUGCAUCCUAGGCGCGUGCGCGUGUACAUUGUUGUUAAGCGCAUCCCUCACACGGCCUCCAAUAAGGUUGACCGCAAAGCGCUGGCAGAGUACUAUGCCUCGAUGGACAUCUCAACCUGGGAGGAGGCGCUGGCGAAGGAUCAUGGUCGACUUGAAGACGAGUCCUGGUCGCCGCUUGCGACGGCGAUACGCGAUGCGGUGGCUGACCUGACGGGGACGCCUGUGGAGCGGAUCAAGAAGACGACGCCGCUUAGUGCUCUUGGUGUUGAUUCGAUUCGUGCGCUGCAACUGGCGUCGAAGCUGCGCAAGACUGGGUCUUCGAUUUCCGUUGGCGACAUCCUGUCUCAUCCUACUAUCCAACGUCUCGUGAAGGCGAGCGACAGGAAGGCCGACAAGACCCCGUCUGCGACUGCUUGGUGCGACGAGUUCGACAAGAAGUGGAGGCCGGCUGUUGUACGAGCGAUGCCUGACCAACAUGUGGAUCGUGUCACUCCCUGCACGCCUUUGCAAGAGGGCAUGCUCGGCGAAACCAUCAAGGAUCCGGCGGCGUACUGGUCGCAUCGCCUGUUCCACCUCGAGAACGACUGCGACGUUCCAAGACUGAUUAGCGCGUGGAAGACGCUAGCUUUGCGUACGGAGGCCCUGCGAUUGGUGUUUGCGCCUGCGGCUUCAUACAGUGCUGCUGUCGAUGACUUGCAGAAGGACGAUUACACACCGGUGUUUGUGCAGAUCUUACUAUCGUCGGCGAAGACUAGAGUUCAACGGGAGCCAGGCUUGUCUGCGGACAGCGCGCGCGACUUUGCGCGUACCUUGGCGACUUCACUUUCCCGAGCGACAGCGCCGCUAUGGGCCGUCACGAUACUGGGAGAAGACGUCGGGAAACCGGCAAUGUUGCUCAGCAUGCACCAUGCUCUCUACGACGGGCACGCCUAUAAAAUCUUGCUCGACGAUGUGCUCCAAGUCUACUAUUGUCAAGCCCCAGCGCCUCGACUGCAGCUCACGUCCGCAGUGUCUCGUGCUUUCUUCCUCGAGGACCCGAAGAGGUCGCUCUCGCUUUGGGAGCAGGUUUUGGCGCCGUUCGCGGAUGCCCAUGUCCGACCGUUCCCUGAUCUUUCGGAUAGAUCGCGCGAUGUCAAGACCGGGUUCACGACGCGCAAGUUCGAGCUGGAUCGCGCUGUGUUAUCGGAAACGUCAAGUGCCGUCAACGCUUCGAUUGCUCAAGUUCUUCAACUUGCCUGGGCGAUGAUUUUGGGCGCGUACAUGCGAACCGACCGGGUGGUCUUCGGCGAGACUCGAUCGCUUCGUUUCGAGGACUCCUCGCUCGAGGGCGUGGUGGCACCGAUGAUCGCCACUUUGCCCGUUGCUGUCAACGUGGAAUCCUCGACAUCUGCUCGACAAUCUUUGGUCGACAUCGUCGAACGCUCUUCAGCCAGCCGGUCCUCGUCUUUCCUCAGUUUGCAACAUGUCCGCCGAGUUCUGCGCCGCCCCCUUGAUCAAGCUCUAUUCCCGGCAAUCUUCGUCAUGAACUCCGUCGAAUCCGCGGACUCCGGUUUCCAGUUGGCGUCCCGUCUGUGGAGAGAAGCUGGCGAGUUGACGAAUUUGACGGUCGAGCACCCUCUGGCGGUCAAUGUAUACGUUUCUAGCGAUAGGAUAUCUGUCCAUGUUUCCGGAAGUAAUCAAACGAUACCUGCGGACAACGUCGAGCUUCUGGCUAAGCAGUAUGAGGCAGUCGUCCAAGCGCUGUUGCGCGAUGUGGAUCGACCAAUGAGCGACAUCCUCGAUCUUCCGAGUGACCUUCUGUCUAUUGUGCGAAGUCCCAAAACGUCAAGUGCGCCUGCCGUCAACGGGACGCGCGAUGUCGAAUCGCCUUCGCUUCGUCGAUUGAAAGAACGCGCCGAGGAAACGCCCCGCGUGAUAGCGGUGGCGUCCUAUGAGGAGGGGAAUGCGAUUGAAUGGACGUACGAGGCGCUCGAAGAGAGGUCGAACCAGAUCGCGCGGUGGAUUAUUGAGCGUCAUCCGCAAUCCCGCGUCGCCGCCAUCGCCCUGCCUCGUUCUCAUGCUGCAUAUCCGUACAUACUGGGAGUCUUGAAGUCCGGCCGGACGUACUUGGCUAUCGACGACGACGACACCUCGUCACGCAAGAGGCUGAUGCUUCGUUCUGCUCGAGCUGAUAUCGUCUUCGUGGCCGCCAACAAGUCGGGAGACUUCAGACAACUCUCUAAGCCGCAAGUUGUUGUCAUCGAUGAAGAAGCGCACCAGGAAGAGGUCGCCAACGUGAAGGGCGCCGCGGUAGAUGCUCAGUUGGCUGACCAUGCUUGCAUCACUUUCGAAGGAGAGCACGAAAGCAGUGCACAAGCAAGCUUUGUGUCGCUCAAGAGCCUCUGGAGAGCGGUAUCGGCGCUGGAGACUUCGGUCUUGCACUUGGUAGAACUUCUAGCAGCCAUCAGCAAGGGGGCGAAGAUAGCGGCUGUUUGCCCCGGGCGCCUAGCCGAUCGAGGUCUCAAGGAGGUCGUCAACAUGACCGGCGCAGCUCAAAGCAUAGUUUCUCCUGCUGUGUUGGAGAACGAGGGUUUGCAGCCCGAAGAUGUUCCUCAACUCAAACACCUGCUUCUGACAGGUAUUCGCAACGCGGACUCAUCCUCCGAACAGAUUUUCGGGCUGCCAGAAUUCGGUUCUCUCUGUACCUUCGCAAAAGCAGUGGCAGGGACUCGUGAUAUUGGUCAUCCAAGGGAGGGUCUCGUCGCUGUGCUUACACGGCAAGGUAACCCUUUGCAGGUGGCCCUACGUGGGGAAGUCGGGUCUUUGAUGGUUGUCGGCGAGACGGACAUCUGCGUCGUUCCGGGGAGACCGUCUAUUCCCUCAUCCGACGUCUCCGAUGCUGUAGCCUCGGUCUCUCGACAGACACUCCGGAUAGCAACACUACUCCUCGAUCAUCCUCAAGGCUUGCAGACUUACGUCGUUACCUUCGUGGCUCGACGAGCGGCUAUCGGCGCGGACGCAGGCCUACCCGCACUGUCGGACGACGACCUUCCUCUCGCACGCGCUUUGCUGGCAUCGUGUCGCGAGCGUCUCCCUUCCCAUCUGACACCCGAUGUCAUCGUCCCCUUGACAUUCCUACCCCUCGACAACUUUGCGCUCGGGACAUUCGACCGAAGGAGCCUUCGCCGAUUCUUCUACGCAUACCCUCUAUCCGCGAUCAACAGUCAGCAAAGCAAGAGCUCGGCGGUGUCAAGACCCCUCAACGACAAGGAGAAACGUAUUCGGGACAUACUCAGCUCGGCCGCUGGGGUUCCUGUGGAUGCCAUCCAAGCAUCUACCACGACACUCGAGAUAGGCAUUGACUCGCUCAGCGCCAUUUCACUUAGCCUCAAGCUGAAGGACGCCGGCUUCUUCGUACCGCCCUACGUCAUUCUUGCCGGCCCUUCCCUCGAGAAACUCGCGAGGGCCUCGGGUGCCCCUGUAGAUUCCAGGGAUGACAACGCCCAAUGGGAAGUGGCUCCCGACGUGCAGCAUGAGGCCAUCCAACAUGUCGCGGUAGGCGUCGAGGCAGUCCUUCCGUGCUUACCACUGCAAGAAGGCUUGGUCGCCCUCACUCUUAAUUCGCCCGAGCCGAUCUAUGUCAAUCACUUCGUCACUAUCCUCGAGGAGGGCACCGACAUAGCCCGACUCAAAGCCGCCAUCAAGGACACGGUAUCCGCGAACCCAAUCUUGCGGACGUGUUUCUUCGCGGCGCAGGACAGCAUAGUGCAAGUCGUGCUCGAGCCUAGCGAUGAAGUGCUGCAAUGGCGAGUCACUCCCGAUGAUCAUGUCGGAGGUGAGGCGCAGCGCCCGUCGAUCGUCAAGCUGCUUCAAUACUUGGCCCGCCAGUCCUCGGACUCUGCUCGCGCAUUCUUCACCGAGUACCUCGACGACGCGCCUCGGAACCUCGCCUCCAACGAUACGACGGUAGAAUCCAGGCAUCAUCGUCUGUGUCUCGACACGCCACUUUCUGUGCUGGAGAAGAAUGCUCGAGCGCUGCAUGCUAGCCUGCAUGUACUGGCGCUCUCUGCCUUCGGGACCGCCCUGGCAGAAUAUCGCGAACGCAAUGAUGCCGUUUUCGGGGUCGUUCUGUCAGGUCGGACGGUGGACGUCGACGGGAUUGCAGACAUGCUGGCGCCCUGCAUCACGACAGUACCGAUGCGCGUUCGCUAUACAGAACAAUCGUUGUUCAAGGAUGUCGUAGCGCAAGUGCAGGGCGACAUUGAGCUCGUCAUGCAGCACCAGCACACGCCCCUCCGACACAUACAGAGGUGGCUAGCUAGGGGCGAGCCGCUCUUUGACGCCCUCUUCAAUCUCGUCCGGCAGGGUUCGCCGAAGGAGUCAAAUGCAGAGGAGCCCGAGCUUUGGGGAUCGCUCGACAGCAAAGCCGUGCUCGACUACCCACUAGCGGUUGCGGUCGAAGUUGAUGCCGCGAACGACGCUGUCUUCAUCCGAGCCGGGCAUCUUCCCACUUUCGGAUCGUCAGCGUCCGUCAAGACCCUCAUCGAGCGCAUAGCUAACCUGCUGCAACAUCCCGAACAAACAUUGACAUCGUACGACGUCUCGGACGCGCAACAAAGUGACACACGACCGGCUUACGACAACUCGCACUGGUCGGAGGAUGAGAUUUUGAUUAGGGAUGUGGUGGCGCAACUCUGCAAUGUCUCCGCAGAUGUGAUCACUAAGGAUCUGUCCUUCUUGCAACUGGGCGUCGACUCCAUUACUAGCAUUCGCCUUGCUCAGUUCCUCCGUUCGCGCGGGCUUGCUGUGCCAACGCAUGCGAUCAUGCGCAACCCUUGCGUCGGCGCGCUCGCUCUAUACCUGCGGGAGACACCUCCCGAGGGUACAGCUGUAUUAGCGCAACGCGAGUUCGCCGAGAUGGAGGGUCAAUUGCGAGAGGCCUAUGCGAGCAGUAUCCCGCUACUCGACGACGCCGACAGAGUCACCAGCGUCUUCCCGGCGACCCCUCUGCAGACCGGUAUGCUCACGGAGACCUUGUCUUCGGGCGGCAGACUAUAUCUCGUGCCCCACUCUCUGCAGUUGGACGCCUCCGUCAAGGACGACGACCUCCGGGCCGCCAUCGAAAAGGUCGUGGCCUCGACGGACAUCUUGCGCUGCAGCUUCCACGCUAUGGCCGAAGGCGAUCAUCCAUGGAUUGUAGCAGGGCAUGCUGUUGCGCCGCUCUCCUGGACAGAACACGAGUUCGCGUCGGCUGAAGAGUUGCACCGACAAGCGCUGAAGAUCGUCCAGUCCGAAAAAAUUGCCGACGAGAAGUCCUUCGAACGCCCACCGAUGUUUUUGCACCUCCUCAAGGCCCCAGCUCUCGUUGAAGCAAGCCCUUCUAGCGUGUACGAUGGACUGUCGCUGCCCUACAUCCUUGGCGAUAUCGCCACGUACUAUCAAGGCCUUGAUCCCUCGCCGCGCCCGCAGUUUGCAAGCGCUGUUCCCCAUAUCCUGUACAGCUCCAAGGAUCACGCGAACUUCUGGUCAAGGCUCCUCGAUGGCUUCGUCCCAGCACCACUACCGACCGUAGAGGGGAUGGCGACCACAACACAACUCGCGCGCCUGCCAUUCGUUCUUCCUGAUGGCGCUCUGCAAGCCAUAAAACAUAUGGGCGUCACUGUACAGGCUGUAGCACUGCUUGGAUGGGGUAAAGUCCUCGCGACGCUGGCUGGGUCGACGGAUGUUGUGUUCGGGCAAGUUGUGGCUGGUCGGGCGAUCGAAUUGGAGGAUGCCUUGCACGCGAGUGGUCCGCUGUUCAAGUAUAUGUCCUUUGUCUGCCCGCUCUUCCAUGUCACUGACGCUCUCGGUUUGUCUAGCACCAUACCCUUCCGCUUCCGUAUCACGGACCCGACCUUGUCGAACACGGAGGCUGCACAAGUUCAGCAGCAGGCCAACGUGCAAAUCGAACCGCACCAACAUGUCCCCCUGCGCAAGAUCCAGAAGGAGUGGCGCAUGAAGAACGAGAUUGGCAGCGCAACGCUCUUCGACUCGCUGUUUGUCUUCCAGCAGUACCCUCUGAGUCUGGAGAUCAUACACAACGGCGACAAGAUCGAGCUACGCGCCGGCUGCCAGGGCAACAUCAUGUCCCAGGAGCAACUCGCUGCCAUGCUGGACACCCUCAAGAACACGCUCAUCGACAUCGUUACCCAGCCGGACGCCUCCGUCGUCGACUGCCCUCCCGAGCUCAGGUCCGUGCUCGAAGCGCCACGCAAGCGCGAACAGCCGACCGUCAAUGGCGACGCCCCACAGCCCGAUCGCGACUUCACCGCCAACGAGUGCAUACUGCGCGACGUGUUCGCUGAGGUGUCGAAGAUCCCCAAGGAGCGCAUCGGGCUGACGACACCUCUCUACGCGCUCGGCCUCGACUCGGUUGCGGCCAUCCAGAUUUCGGCGCGGUGCAGGAAGCAGGGCCUGCCGAUAUUGGUCGCGGACGUAUUCCAGGGCGAGACGGUCAUGGGGAUCUGCGCGGUCUUUGAGGAGCGCGGUCGUGCGCUCGAUGGCACGGCGGAGGCCGCCGUCGAUCGCGUACUGGUCUCGCAGGACGCGAAGGACGCUGCGCUGCGUCUCCUAAGCGUGGCGGAAGAGGAUGUCGAGGACGUGCUCCCGGUGCUGGCAGGUCAGGACUACCAUCUGGCGUCGUGGCUUGCGUCGGGAGGGACGUUCUACCAGCCCGUGUUCGUGUACAAGGCGAAUGGCGGUCUGGACCCCGCGCGCAUGGAGCAAGCCUGGCGGGCGCUGCAGCGGAGGCAUAGCAUCCUCAGGACUGCGUUCGCCGCGACGUCGCCCUCGUCUGUUGUCCAGGUCAUUCUGAAGGCGGCACCGACGAGCGAUUGGAGGUUCAUCGAGGAUACAGGCGAUCUCAAGGAGGUCGUCAAGGCCCAUGUGCAAGACGAGUACAACACUCCGGCCACUUUGUUCCGCCCGCCUGCUCGCAUCAAGCUGCUUCGCGUCGGUGGCGAGGACGUGCUCCUAUUGUCUCUGCACCACGCGACCUACGAUGCGUGGUCCGUACCGCUGCUCGUCGCCGACCUCUGCGCACUCUAUCGUGGUCAGGAAUGCCGUAGCGCUACCGAUUUCUCCGGCCUCGUCAAGCACAUCGCGUUGCAAAUGCCCGACGAGAACGCGGCCAAGGAGAUGUGGCGCAGCGCCAUCGGCACGGAGGGGACCCUUCUUACCUGCCAGCGCCCCGACUCUGGCAUGAAGCAAGUCUUCGCGCGCGCGUCCGGCGUCGUGUCCUCCGUCACCGCGCUGCAGGAGAAAUGCCAGGCCUCGGGAAUCAGCGUGCAGGGCCUCGUGCUCGCGGUCUGGGGCCGUGUCAUCGCCGAACUGUCUGGCUCGCAGCAGCCGGUCGUUGGUGUGUACCAUACGGGACGCUCUGCGGCUUUCGACGGCGUCGACGUCCUGGCGGGCCCGACGGUCAAUGUACUCCCUAUGCGUCUGCCCGGUCAGGAUGGUGUCCUUAUUCGCGAUGCGGCACGCGAGCUACAGACGGAGAUGGGCCGGCGCACUGCGCAUGAGCAGACGAGGCUGCGGGACGUGGUCUCUUGGACGCUGGGCGAAGGCCGGGGCGCGAUCUUCAAUGUGUGGCUCAACCUCUUGUGGCACGGGGAUAAGAUUCGGACGAUACGGAAGGGGAGCGAGAGCUUGCUGGAGAGCUUCUCUGUUGGACCGCCGACGGACUUCAUCUCUGCGAAGCCGUUCGAGGAGCUGAAGUCGUCCGUGGAUGCGAUGGAUACAUCGUAUUUGCCCGAGCAUGGCUUCUUCGUCGACGUCGUUCUCAACACGGAGACGGACAGCAUCGGUCUUGCCAUGAGGAGUCAUGAAGCGCUGCUCGACGCUGAGGAGUUACAGAAGGUCGUCGAACUGUUCGCGAGCAGUGUCCGUAAGGCGGUGGACGAGCUUUAG